AUGAGUAGUAGUAGUAGUGAUAUGUUAUCAUCAUAUGAUACAAUUAUUUCUCCAAUUAUUCAAAUGAAUCAAUUAAAUAUCAAUCAAGAUGAAAUAAUAACAAAUAAAUUAUUAAAUAUUAUCAUAAAUAACAAUAUUAAUGUCAACAAUAAUGAUAAAUUAUAUUUAAGUACUGGAUAUUUUAAUAUAAGUAAAAAUUACAAAGAAAUAAUAAUAAAUCAUAAUAAUAAUAAUUCUUUACUAAUUAAUUUAAUCACUUCAUCACCUGAGGCAAAUGGAUUUUUCCACUCAAAAGGUUUUUCUAAAUAUUUGCCAAAAUCUUAUUUAUUUUUAGAAAAAUGUUUUAUUGAUGAAAUAAAUAAAUUUAAUAAAAAUAAUUUAAUUAAAAUGUAUGAAUAUAAAAGAGAAAACUGGACUUUUCAUGCCAAAGGGUUAUGGUAUUAUUUCAAUAAUAAUAAAUAUCCUUCUUUGACUCUAAUUGGAUCUUCAAAUUAUGGUUAUAGAUCAAUUAAGAGAGAUUUAGAAUUACAAAAUAUAUUAAUUACUUCUAAUAAAAAUCUUCAAAAUUUAUUACAUAAAGAAUUAAAAAAUAUAAAUAAGUUUACACAACAAGUAACAAAUGAAACAUUCAAGUCAAAAGAUAGGAAAAUUCCACUUCUUGUUAAAAUUGCUACUAAAUCAAUCAAAACUAUGUUAUAA